GGCAACAAUACACAAAUUUCAGAAUUUAUUCUUCUGGGAUUAUCAAAUGAACCAGAACUGCAGCCCCUCAUAUUUGGACUUUUCCUAUCCAUGUACCUGAUCACUGUGUUUGGGAACCUACUCAUCAUCCUGGCCAUCAGCUCAGACUCCCACCUCCACACCCCCAUGUACUUCUUCUUCUCCAACCUGGCCUUUCUAGACAUUUGUUUCACCUCCAUCACCAUUCCUAAGAUGCUGGUGAAUAUACAGACUCAAAACAAAGUCAUUUCCUAUGAAGACUGCCUCACACAGACAUAUUUUUUCCUACUAUUUGCACAGUUGGGUGACUUCCUUCUGACAGUGAUGGCCUAUGACAGCUUCAUAGCCAUCUGCCACCCCCUGCACUACACAGUCAUCAUGAAUCCUCUUCUCUCUGGACUGCUGGUGCUGAUAUCCUGGGUGAUAGGUGCCCUGAGUUCCUUGUUACAAACCUUACUGGCAUUGCAGCUGUCUUUCUGUACAGUCUCAGAAAUUCCGCACUUCUGUGAAUUCAAAGAGGUAAUCCAACUUCCCUGUUCUAACACCUUUCUUAAUAACACCAUGAUGUAUUUUGCAGUUGGGCUGUUUGGUGGUGGUCCAUUCGCUGGGAUAUGUUACUCAUACUCUAAGAUAGUUUCCUCCAUAGGAGGAAUCUCAUCAUCUCAGGGGAAGUAUAAAGCAUUUUCCACCUGUGCAUCACAUCUCUCCACUGUCUCCUCAUUUUAUUGUGCAGUGUUAAGAAUGUAUUUUACCCCUGCUAUUACCCACUGCUCACACUCAAGUGAAGCAGCCUCAAUGAUGUACGCUGUGGUCACACCCAUGCUGAAACCCUUCAUCUACAGUCUGAGGAAUAAAGUCAUAAAGAGUGCUCUAAGAAAAUUCUUUGGGGUGGCAGUUAUAAAAGGGCCAAUUGUCCUGGGGUGA